GCUGCAGGACAGUUCAACGAUGGUAGCAUACUCCAUGCCAUACAUGGAAAUGAUCUUACUUGAAGCUGUAUUGUAAGGAGCGUUCAAACAUGACCGAAGGCCUAGCGGGCCUUGGGCGUGGCGCCCGUGUGUUUUACCGGAAGGAUGCUUCAACCUGGCAACAGGGCGAGCUCGUUUCUCUGAGCGAUGGGAAGGCGGCAAUUCAAGUUGGAGGGCAAUCGCUGACCGUCGCUUCUGACCUCGUCGUCGCUGCGAACCCAGUGCUUCAGGAUGGUAUCCCUGAUGUGGUGCAGCUCUCUUACCUCAACGAGCCGGGCAUUCUCUACAACCUGGAGCACAGGUACAAGACGGAUGAUAUCUACACGUGGGCGGGCCCGGUGCUCAUUGCGCUCAACCCCUGCAAGAACCUGCCGCUGUACACGCCCGAGGUGGCGGCCAACUACAAACAGGCCGCGCGGGAGUCGGUGACCACGCUGGCGCCGCACAUCUACCUGGUGGCCGCGGCGGCGUUCAGGCAGAUGCUGCGCAACAAGUGCAGCCAGAGCCUGGUCGUCAGCGGGGAGAGCGGCGCAGGCAAGACGGAGACCACCAAGAAGGCGAUGCAGUAUUUUGCCACGCUGGCGGGUGGCACGGGCGUGGAGGACCAGGUGCUGGAGACCAACCCCAUUCUGGAGGCGUUCGGCAACGCCAAGACGCUGCGCAACCACAAUAGCUCGCGCUUCGGCAAGCUGAUCCAGAUUCACUUUAACGGCAGCCACCACAUUUGCGGCGCCAACAUCAAAACCUACCUGCUGGAGAAGAGCCGCGUGUCCAUGCAGCUCAAGGGCGAGCGCUCUUUCCACAUCUUCUACCAGCUGGUGCGCGGCGCCACACCGGCGGAGCGCGAGGCGUUCCGGCUGCCCGCCAAGGUGCAGGAGUUCCAGUUCCUGUCGCAGAGCGGCUGCUACGACAUCGCGGGUGUGGACGACGCGGCGGAGUUCCGGCUAGUGCGCAAGGCGCUGGCCGACAUUGGCGUGGACGCGGAGUCGCAGGCGCAGCUGUUCACGCUGCUGAGUGGGCUGCUGUGGCUGGGCAACAUCGAGUUCGAGGAGAGCGGCACCGGGGACAGCACCAAGGUGCACCAGAACGCGGCGCUGGACAACGCGGCGGUGCUGCUGGGCGUGUCGCAAGAGGCGCUCAUCACGGCGCUCACCACGCGCCGCAUCGUGGCCCCGGGCGAGGUGGUCAUCAAGCUGCUCAAGCUGAACGAGGCGGUUGAGGCGCGCAACUCGCUAUCCAAGGCCAUCUACUCGGCGGUGUUCAACUGGAUCGUGACCCGCAUCAACGCGCGCCUCAGCCUGGGCAAAGUGACGUCGGGCCUGUACAUCGCCAUCCUGGACAUUUACGGCUUUGAGCAGUUUGACCGCAACAGCUUCGAGCAGCUGUGCAUCAACUACGCCAAUGAGCGCCUGCAGCAGCAGUUCACGCACCACCUGUUCAAGCUGGAGCAGCAGGAGUACGAGAGCGAGGGCGUGGACUGGACCAAGGUGGAGUUCAUCGACAACCAGGAGUGCGUGGACGUGUUCGAGACCAUGCCGCCCAAGGGCCUGGGCAUCCUGGCGGUCAUGGACAGCCAGUGUAAGUUCCCGCGCGCAACCGACAGCACGCUGCACACGCAGCUAUUGGACGCGCUGAACUCCAAGUCCCACUUCGGCACCAACCCGCGCGUGCCGGGCAGCUUCAUCGUCAAGCACUAUGCGGGCGCAGUGCAGUACGACACCACAGGGCUGCUGGACAAGAACAAGGACACGCUGGGGCCGGACCUGAUCCAGCUCAUGGCCAGCAGCCACAAGCCGCUGCUGGCGGAGCUGGGCGGCGCCGUACUGGAGGAGGCGGAGCGCAGCACCAAGAAGGGGCAGACGGUGAUCACGCGCUUUGGGCAGCAGCUGCGCGAGCUGGUGGCUGAGCUGGACACCACUGGGCUGCACUUUGUGCGCUGCAUCAAGCCCAACAUGCAGCUCAAGCCCAACAGCCUGGAGCCCGUGCCCACGCUGCACCAGCUCAGGUGCUGCGGUGUGCUGGAGGUGGCGCGUGUGGCGGCGGCUGGCUUCCCCACGCGCUACCGGCUGGAGGACUUCGCGGCGCGCUACAGCACGCUGCUCACGGCGGAGGAGCAGGAGGCGCUGAAGCGCACGCAGGGCAGCGCGGGGCCACGGCAGGUGUGCCUGGCGCUGCUGGAACGCUUCGGGCUGCGGGUGGGGCAGUACCAGCUGGGGCGGACCAAGGUGUUCUUCAGGCCCGGGGUGCUGGGCCUGGUGGAGGACAGGUGGGCGCGCAUGCAGGCGGCGGUGCUGGCGGUGCAGGCGGGCUGGCGCAUGUACCGCUGCCGCUCAGCCUACCUCCGCCUGCGCCAUGCCGCCGUACUGUCGCAGUCGCUGUGGCGUGCACGCGGCGCCCGGCUGGCCUACCGCGAGCUCGUGGCGCAACACGCGGCGGCGCUGGUGCUCCAGAGCGCCUGGCGCAUGCGGCGCGAGCGCAACCGCUUCCGCAAGGUCAUGUGGGCGGUGGUCACCAUCCAAACGCGCGGCUACCGCACCUGGAAGUUCGGAAAGUGGCUCUCGCGCGUCAUGCAGGAGCGUGACCGCGUGGAGCUGGCGGUGGAGGAGACGCGCGUGAAGCACAAGCUGGAGGCGGACUGGUUCAGCGCGCUGCGCACCGAGUACAGCGUGCCCAUGGAGACCGUGCCCGUGGCGCUGGCGGCCUGGCGCGAGUGCUGCGCCGCGGGCGCGGACAGCGUCGACAAGGUGAAGGAGGCGUUGGUGGUGUGGCGGACAUCCCUGGAGGCGCCGCAGCAGCCGCAGGUGGCGGCUACGGCAGAGGGCAACGGGGCGGGCGGGUCGGGCGCGGCCGCCACUGCGGUACAGCAACCCCAGCAAGCGCUGGCGCCAGCCGUCGCAGCGGCAGCCGUCGCGGCGGCAGCCCCUGCAGCGCCGGCCGUGCCCGUGCUGCGGCAGCCGGUGAUGGUGAUGACGCCCGCAGUGGUGACGCCGGCAGUGGUGAACCGCUUCGAGCUGGCGCAGGAGCUGGCCAUCCAGGUUGAACGGCUGAACCUGGAGAACGUCAAGCUGCAGAAGCAGUUGACGCUGGAGCGCAGCCUCACGCAGCGCUACCAGCACAAGUGCGAGGAGCAGAGCGUCACUUGGCUGGAGCAGGUUCGCCUGCUGCAGGCCUACAUCCAGAAGUGCCGCGCCAUGUUCGGGGACAGCCAGCUGCCGCCCAUGCCCAAGCAGGUGGCCUCGGCCACACAGCCCACGGAGGCGCGGUCACCCGGCCCCAGCGCUGGAGGGGGGGGCCAUGCAGACGAGGACGCUCCGCUGGCCAGCGCCGCGACCCCGGGAGCCGUGUCCGCUGCGCGUGCGUCAAUCGAGCAGAGCGCGGCGGCCAUGGCAGUCGGUGCAGUGGUAGCCAACGGUGUGACCGCCGGCUCCGCACCGCCGCCUCAGCUGCUGCAGCCCGCGGUGGUCAGCGCCUCCGUGGAGACGCAGAGCACCGUACCUAACGCAUCGUUCUCCACGCAGACUGAGGUUCUGGCCGCGGUGCCGAGCUCCUCAUUUGCCGUGCAGACCGAACCCGAGCCAGCGCCAAUGGCGGUGGCCUCGGCGUCCACCGGCAUCCAGCACAGCACGCCCAGCACCUCGCUGGCCACGCAGACGGAGGCAGCACCCGCGCUGCCGCCGCCACCGCCUACCAGCUCAGCCGCGACUCAGACGGCUGCGCCGCCGGCUGUGGCCUCCACGAGCACUGCGACUGACGCGGAGAUUGCACCGGUGAUGCCUGCAGCGGCGGCUGGCGCAGUGGCGGGAUUAGCAGCUGGCGGCGCCGCUGGUGCCGCAUCCCGUUCGUUGGGGGUGGACGUUGCGCCUGUCUCGUCACAACCGCCGCCCGUAUCGGCGUUCGCUUCGCCUGCCGCAGGCGAGCAACUUGCAGGUGCCCUUGAGUCGCCCAGCGCCUCUAUCCUGUCUGAGUCGGUUACAGGCGACGGCGCGCCCGCUUCGUCAGCCACUGCACGCAGCGCGGCGCCCGCCAGCGCCCCGGUUCCGACCACCGCCAGCCAGCGAUACGUGAACAAGCUCGGGGAAGAGCUGGAGCGGGUGAUGCAAGUGCUGCCGGAUGACGUGUCGUUCAUCCGCGAGGUGCACGACGGCGCGGUGGUGGCGCCCGACAUGGACCCGGGCGUGGAGCUGUUCAAGCUCAAGAAGAAGUUCGAGGUGUGGAAGCGCGAGUUCAAGGAGAAGCUGCGGACCACAGAGGAGGUGCUGCGCAAGAUCGAGCACAUGGAGUCGCGCAACCCUGCGUCAGGCGGUGGCGUGGUGGCGGGCGGCGGCAACGAAGCGCUGCGGCCCAGCCAGUCGGUUCGCGUGGCGGGGCCCACCCCUGGUGGCGGGCCACACUCGGCCGCGUCGGGGUCAGGCAUUGGCCGGGGGCCUGCCACCACGUCAGGGCCCGCUCACGGCGGAACACCGCAGGCUGGUGCAGACAAGAAGCGUGGGGGCACCAGCAGCAAGCUGUUGGGCAAACUGUUUAGCGGGGGCAAGUAAGCUGUGGCAGGACUGCGCGAGUGCUGCUGAUGGGCUGAAUGCUGCAGGCUCUCAGGCGAUUGCAUGUGCAUCUGGUUGGCUGGUGGAUGCCGGACAGAAUGGUAGACCUGAAUAUGUCAGCGGUGCCAGGGAGCGCUGAAUCGGGGCGUCACUGGCGUGACUCGGAUUGAUGGCAGUGCCUGGAUUAGCAAUAGCGAGUGAUUGGGAGUGUGUGUGCUGCAGCGUGCGUGCGCAGAGUCUGGAGGGCAGGGCAUUUAGGGAGGUCCGUUGACGUAGGGAGCUAGAUGGGUUGAUCCCGUCUCAGCGCGAGCCUUAAUACACCGUCCUGAGUGGUCGUCUGUUCUAGGCGCAAACUCAACACCUUGCUUCGGCGUGUGGGGACGCCGCGUUGGCGGGAGCCACGGAUGGCCCUAAUAUCGUGGAGGCAUGUCGCACCCGUGGAGGGCACUGUAAGGACUAGGUUGGACUAGACACCGAACGGAAUCAGCUACACCCUA